AUGGCAAGGCUCAACACAGCUAACCCCUUGGUCAAAAAUAUGCCUCACAAAGAGAAUGUCGCACGUAACCAGGGGACAUCCCACAACAGUCCACUGCCCAGAGAGCCAUGUAUGAAUUUCAGGAACACAGCCAAGCACAAUAUGCCCACCAAGCCGCAGAGUCAGUCGCAACGGCAGGCAAAUGGCUCAAGUGGAUCAUUCGUUAUAUUCCCCGACAGCGAAUCGGCAUCGGAAAGUGAAUUUGGACAGCACAGGUCCACCGGAAAGCAGCAAAAGCAAAGAACACUAGGACUCGCUCGUGUGAAUUCCUUACUGUUACCAGCAAAGCGGAGACCACGUCCAGCCAUCCGAAGGGAGACAGAAGAUUAUGACAAGGAGAAUGACGUGCCAGAAUAUGCCACGGAUGGAUAUCGAACUCCAGAUUUAACACCAACAAGGCCGAGCCCCUCACAGGCUCCUACAAGAAGUAGGAUGGAUUAUAUCGCCGCUACACAGCCAGUGAUUGACCGCCGAGAAGAAGAACGAGAAGAGCUGGAGAACAGCUUUGAAGAAGAUAGUUCUGACUCACUAGACGGGUUCAUUGUCAGUGACAAUGAAGAGCUGAGCUCCUUUGAGACAUCAGAUUCCGAGACAGCCGACACAGAAGAUGAACCUAGCCCGGCUCCGUCGCCUGUCAGGUCGCCAAGAAAAAGACUCAUCCGUGGAAGAAGACCAGUGUCGGAAGCGGAAUCAAACACUACUGUAGAUGAGGAGCCACCAAUGGAAGUGACAAAGUUGGCGACAGAGCUGGAUGAAUCAAUUAAGAAAACAAAGGCAGUCGCUCCAGCACCCGAAGACUGCACACCAGAUCUUGCCGCCAGUUUCAAUUCUACCUCCCCUGUCCAUAGGGCAGAGACACCAGAGCCCCAGGUUGAUUCAAGCACUCUUCACUUCGGCCUCCACAACUCCAAUGACUUGAUCCAACACUUCGAGGAUCUUGGUCUAGGCAGCGACGAUGAAUCUACAUCAAAAACACAGACAGAGAAGCCUAAUUCGGAAUCAGAGGAUGAACUACCGUUGCAGCUAUACCCAAGCCACACAAAGAAAUCACCAGUGACACCAUCACGCACAAACCCUCACUUUUCUCUCAAUCACUUCUCUCUCAAUCGGUCUAUCACAUCGGUUGAUACCUCGCCGGGCAUGGCUGCUCCCACCACCGUAAAGGCCCAGAAAAAGGCCGAGGCGGCUCGAAAGCGCGAGAUCAAAGCCCAGAUAGCCGAAUUCAAUCAAUGCAAGAUCGGUUUUGCCAAAGAGUUCCUCCGGCACCUUGACAGUGUCUUCGGUGACCGGAUUACUAGCAUGACCGAAGAAACCGGUGGGAUCAAAAUCAUCUGGACAAAGAAUUUCAGAAACACCGCCGGCCGGGCAACCGUACGUUCAGAAAGAUUCUUCCACGGAGCAUCCGGCGUAGAAGAACCCGGGAAACGGUGUUACCAUGCCACCAUUGAGCUCUCCGAGAAAGUCCUGGACAGCGAGGACAAGAUUCUCUGCACCAUGACCCACGAGUACUGUCACCUCCUCGAUAUCAUGGUCACUGAAAAUAAAGCCAAGGGCACGGCACAGCACGGCGCGAGCUUCAAGCAAUGGGGCGAUCGAUGUGUCCGUGCACUGGAAGGACACCCUAUCUACGGGGGUCGGGUCGAGGUCACGACUAAGCAUACGUAUGAGAUCAACCACAAGUACAUCUGGGCCUGCAAGGCUCAGGGCUGUGAUUUCAAGGUCGGGCGACACUCGAAGAGUGUUGACCCAAAGCGUCAGUUCUGCGGCCGUUGCAGGGGCGGUCUCGAGCAGAUCAAGCCGGUGCCGAGGGCCAUGGCGCCGAGGAGGCCUGUUGUAAAGGCGAUGGUUGCGGAGAGAGAGAUUGUGGUCAUUGAUCCUUGA